UCGACUUGAAUCUGACGCCUUCACUACCAACCUGAAGGCUCAGCGGCAUACUCAAUGAAGGGUUACUGCGUGGUAUAGUGCAAACAUUUCAACAUGGCGGAUGCCAUGCUCUCGUCAUUUGAACGGACUUUUAUUAUUGGUGGGGUUGAACAAGAUUUCCGAAGUGAUGGAAGGUCUUGUCAAGAUUACAGACAUUUUGAAGUAGAAACUGGAAUAGUGUCUAACACGAGUGGGUCCGCACGACUUCGUUUGUCCAAAACAGACAUUUUGGUUGGAGUUAAAGCCGAAAUAGGAGAACCUCAUAUAGAGAAACAAAACAAAGGAUGUAUUGAGUUCUUUGUUGACUGCUCAGCAAAUGCUUCUCCUGAGUUUGAAGGAAGAGGAGGAGAAGAAUUGGGUACAAUGCUGGCCAAGACAUUAGAGAGGGCAUACAAUCACAAGUCUGCUAUUGAUUUGGAGUCAUUGUGUAUUCUACCUGGAAAGCAGUGUUGGAUUCUCUAUAUUGAUGCUCUGGUGUUAGAGUGUGGUGGAAAUCUGUUUGAUUCAUUGUCUUUGGCAGUGAAAGCAGCUCUUCAUAAUACCAGAAUUCCAAAUGUUACAGUUUCGACAGAUGAAGGAGAUAUGGAACUAGAAAUAUCAGAUGAUCCUCAUGACUGUAGAAAGCUGGAUGUUAGUUCAAUUCCUGUGACAGUCACUAUGAGCAAGAUUGGCCAUCGUCAUGUGGUGGAUGCCAGCCUGCAAGAAGAAGCCUGUUGUCUUGCUCAGCUUCUGGUGUCAGUGAACGGCAACAACAACAUCUGCGCAAUGCAGAAAGUUGGCCCUGGAGCUUUGGAUCCUGAUUCUAUAUUUGAGAUGAUUGAGACUGCUCGCUCUGUUGGAAAAGCACUGAACAAAGAACUUUUGAAUGUUCUCAAUAAGGAAGAAGCUGAAACGAGUACAAAUAAAGAGAAAAUUGGUUUCUUAUUAUAGCAGAAAAAUACCAGCUAAAGGAUUCAAAUUUGUUAAUGCUCCUUACUUACUUCAACACUGUGGGAUCAGUGUGGCUAUGAGGCUUACUUACCUUGGAUACACAGGACAUGACAGUGAGUGGCCUGGUGUUCACCUUCUGCUAGGAUGACUGCUCUGACCUCUUGUUGUCAGAUUUGUAUAGGACGAGUGAGCAAGAAAAAUAAUGUGUUUGACUGUACAAUGAGGAGCUAGUUAGGGAGAAGAACCUUGCUUUCCUACAUUGUAUUUCCUUGUUCAGCAGUGUUUUUUGUUCAUCAUGGUUUCUUUUACUAGUGUCCUAGUCUUACAAUCUGAAAUAAGCUAAUAUAAAACAUGAGGGCAGGUACAUUCUUCAAUAGCUUGAGUAAUGCUUUCUUUAUGUUUUUUAUUAGCUCAAAAUUUUAUAUUAUUUAUAAGACUUCACACAUGUGAGAGUCCAACAUCGGCUUUUUCAAUGCAUAUAUCCCACUUUUUUGGCUCAAUCCCACCAUCCUGCCCUUUUCAUAAUGUUUAUCCUGAUUGUGCUUGGUUAGAGUCGCAAUAACGUGUGAUUUUCUGUUUUUUUCUACCACAUAACAAAUGGCAUCACCUUUAGAACUAUCCCACAUCCCACCUGUCAAAGUGAGCACAUCCUGCUGCUGCUGAAUCAUUUUUAUCAUGUAUCCAAUGAUUAAAAGUUUUUGUCAUCCCACAUUUUGUCUCCCUUCUUACUUUUAUCCUUACAUCUUGCCAAACCUUUGUUGGACCUUCACAUGUCUUAUGGCUGUUGAUGUAAAUAUUGAACAUAGCUACUUGUAAAUUCAAUAACUGAAAUUAAAAGAAAAAGAAAACAGGAAAUGCAAAUGAAAUUAAACAAUAUUUUUAAAAUGA